CCAUCUUUCACCCUUCUCUUCAGUCCUCACAGCCGCCGGCGUCGCGUAAACAGCAGCAAAUUUUUAAGAGAUGGAGAAAACAAUGAAGAAUUUCAUGGGUGAAAGAAAAGAAACUGGACCCGAAGUUUCCCAAAAGGAACACCGCAGGUCAAGGAAACCCAAGUUUGAGGUUGGCAAACCAAAGCAAGCUAAUGAUAAGAAGAAAAAGGAUAAGAAAAAGAAGCAGAAACUGAGUACCCACAUCGCCAAACUGGGACUGGAAGUGUUUCCGUUGAUAUUUGCUGAAAUUAGGGAAAGUAAUCGCCAGUUGAGAGAGCUGAACUCUGUGAUCAAAGCUUACAUUCUUGAUAAGCUUGCUGCUUGGGAUGCUGAAGAUAAAGGCUUUUGACCGUUUGAUAAAUCUGAAUGGGAUCUUAUUUAUGAAGCAGCUUCAAUUGAAUAAGAGAAGACAAGACAAACAGCUUUGACAGCUUAGGGUUUCUAUAUUCGUGUGUUUUAUAUAUCUGCCUAUCAAGAACUGAAUUGGUGUGUUUCGGGUUUGAAAGACAAUUUUCUUUGGGGGGUUUUUUUUUUCUUUUAUCUGAAUAACUUAAUCUGUUCCACUUUGUGCUAUGAUCAUUUAA